AGCUGGCCGGGAAGAAAGGAGCCCAGCAGAAGGUACCGCCAGCGGGAGCCGAGGACUGGGAGUGCGGGGGAGCCUGGGAACUUCCCCGCCUUACUCUCCAGCCGCUUUGUUUCCCCAGCCUCUGCGCUCCUGGCUUCUCUAGGGGGGCUCCAGUCUUGGCUGGGGUGAAGGCGGCUAGAGGAAGGUUUCCUUCUUCCCCCUUCCGGGGCGUUGCAUCAUGCCCCGAUCCUCUGACCGGGUGACUGUCUACGCCAAGACUCGCGGAGGACCCAGGAGUUCGGUGGCCUGGCUGAACAUGUGAGCAGACGAAAGAAAGGGCAAGAAGACAAGUCUAGGGGAUUGCUGGGAAGCCGGCGGGGGACGCCCCAAAGAAGAGACCUCCCGUCGAGGGAGGGGCAAUGUUCUCUUUUUCUGCGGGGCCUUGGGGAAGCGUGGGUACCAGACCAGUGAGAAGAGGACCUUCCGUGUGGGUGACCCUCCAGGCCUCUCCAUGGAGACCCUACGCCCCGCGUCUCGGCCAGCCGUCCAGGCCGUCCCCCGGGCAUCUCCGUGUUCCCCUGCACCCCGGAAACCACGCCGGGGCCCCCAAGAAUUCUCUCCUCUUUGCCUGCGCGCCCUUGCCUUCUGCGCCCUCGCCAAGCUGCGGGCCCCCCAACUGGGCCUCGUCCGCGGGCUGGAGGGAGUGGCCGGGGACAGUGGUUUGGGGGAGCUAGGGCCUCGGGCGUCAGUGCUCGUGGGCCCUCUUUGCGGGGGCAGCCGGGCCCGGGAAAGCCUAACUUGGCUGCCGGCUAAGCCCGGUACGUCGGCUGGCUAUUCUAGCGAUUCGGAUUCGACCAGAGCCGGCGACUUUUCAGACGGCGAGGACUUGGGCACCCGGGUGCCGAGUUGCAGCAGCGAGGAGGAGGAAGAUCGUGCACAGCCAAAUAUUUGCUUUCGCAGGACCGCACUAGCCUGCCCAGCUCUUCCUCCGCUUCGGGAUUCCCCGUCGUCUCCUGCGCAAUUCACCCCUAGUUUGGUCCCGCAGCUCAGUACCUCGUCCUUCACCACCGCCAUUCUGCCCCGGGAGUCCAGUCCUCAAUUGCUGCCUCCUCCCCUGUUGCCUUCUGACCCCCAGAUUGGCCAGCGGAAGCUGGGAGCCCCGGGAGUGGAGUCCCAGCAAUUGCCCCUUAACCAGAGGAACGAGGUCAAAGCUGCCUCCCCCGAGGACAUUUCACCCUCUGUGCCCUCUGAGACAUCAGACCCUAGCCCCGAGACUGCUGCGGCCAGUGGAGCUCCGGCCCCCUCGGAAGAUCCCCGGAGGGAGCAUUUCGAUCGCUUAAUUCGCCAAUCGAAACUCUGGUGUUAUGCUAAAGGCUUCGUGCUGGACGGGCCGAGUUUGCGAAGAGUGUCUGACCGUCCAGCCUCGUCCCCAACGAAAACCCAGGCUGGGGGACCAGUAAAAAAACGCCGGCGGCCCGUAACUCCCCAGCGCAGCGCCCAGGCUCGCCGUCUCCCGGCGUCGCUCCCGACCAAAAGCUCCUUCAGCCUCCUAGGCAGCUUUCCCUGUCCUCCAGCUCUGGUGGUGGGAGAAGACGGGGACCUGAGGCCCGCAUCCUCGCUAAGGCUUUGUGGCUCCUCCCGACCGCCCCCGGCCCACCCGCUGUGGAGAUGGCAGCUAGGAGGACCCGCCAUCCCCGAGCCUCCCAGCCUCAAGUUCUGGGGGCGCACACUGGAAAGGCUCUGAAUGGGGAGAGUUUCCCCACAUUUUUUUCCUGAAAGCGGGGAAGUUGCAGGGGUCUGCUCGUCUGGAGAGGGUGGGCAAAGAGCCCAGAGAGCCAGACAGCUUCUCCAAACUCCUGCUCUUCGCUGGGGAUCUCCAAGUGUGCCAGGGAGCCUGAUGGAGUCAAGGUGAAGUACCCAGCUAUCUCUCCUACCGCACCCCAGCGACACCUCAUCUUUGGGGGAGAGGAAAAGAAGCCGGAACAGGCACGGAGAGCGUAGUUCCAGCUCUGGGCUCUUCUUUCUGGCUUGUAAGGGGGUGGGGUGCGGGGGACCGCCUCGGGAAAACAGCUCAGAGUUAUUUAAAGGAAAGACCCCGGAGAUGAAGAAAACACUUCUGUUCCAGUGAGAGAACAGAAUGGGGCGGGGGCUGGAGAGGCAAUCUGUAGCUAGAGGUGACGGAAGGGGGAUCGAUCCCCCCACUACCCCGCCUCCAAUUCGGGGACUCCUGGCACUUUAACUGCCUGCAUCCUUUCCCCUCCCUCUCCUUCCCAGGUUUUUUCUCUUCCUUCAACCCCCAUUGGACAAAAGUAGCAAAACUCUGUAACAGCCAGUUUGGGGAACUGGGAGGCCUACACCUCUUCAUCUCCUUCCCUAACCCUCAGCUCAGCAACACUGGUGACCCCAACCAGAGAGACCCCUCUCUUUCUAGCAACCAUUCCCUGCCCCCUCCUACAUCUGUUUUUUGUUUUUCCCUAUCAUCACUGUUUUCCUCUUCCUUUGGGGGAUUUCUCAAAUAGGGGAGAGGGGGAGGUUGCUUGGGAAGCUAGAUCUCCCUCCACCUCCCCCGCCCCCAAUCCUGGAGUGUGUAUGGGGAGGGAGGGUGUCAAAGGGAAUUGGAAAGGAUUGGAAAAACAAACUGUUCGGGGGCUAGGCUCUGCUUCUGAAGGGGAGGGGGAAGCCCCCCCUUCCCAAUCUGCAGACUUUGAGGAGGGGGUGAGAGGCUGUCUCAGGGAAAGCAAUGGAUGGAUGAAGAAAUCAAUAAAAUC